CACAGCUGUUCGUUUUGCCUGUGUCUUGAUACUAUAGAAAAUUUUAAUAAUUAUUUGGAAAGUGAGUUAUAUUGCAUGUUAUAAUACUGAUUAGGUCAUUUUAAUGAGAACCCAACGAUACGCAGCAAUUUCAUACCAUCCUGAAACCUGUAAGAUAUAAUCUUAUGUAGACAGGUUUCUUUACAUUAUCUGUCGAAAUCAUCACAAUUACUAUGCCUCUUUUUGGUAAAUCUCAAAAGAGCCCAGCUGAGCUCGUGAGAUCACUAAAAGAUGCAGUUACUGCUCUAGAAAGGGGCGAUAAAAAGGCAGAAAAAGCUCAAGAAGAUGUCAGCAAAAAUCUGUUACUGAUAAAAAAUAUGCUUUAUGGAACAUCUGAUGCAGAGCCUCAGACUGACAUCAUUGUGGCUCAGCUGGCUCAGGAGCUCUACAACACAAACCUCUUGCUGCUACUAAUUCAGAAUUUAAAUCGAAUCGAUUUUGAGGGAAAGAAAGAUGUAGCACAAGUGUUCAACAAUGUUCUGCGACGCCAAAUCGGUACUCGAUCACCUACGGUUGAGUACAUCUGCACGAAACCAGAGAUCCUCUUCACCUUGAUGUCUGGGUAUGAGCACCAAGAGAUAGCAUCCAACUGUGGUACGAUGCUGCGGGAGUGCGCGAGAUACGAAGCUCUGGCUAAAAUAAUGUUGUAUUCAGACGAUUUUUACAAUUUCUUCCGUUAUGUAGAAGUUUCUACUUUUGAUAUCGCCUCAGAUGCCUUUUCUACUUUUAAGGAAUUGCUAACCCGACACAAGAUCCUGUGCGCGGAGUUUCUAGAAGCGAACUACGACAAGGUGUUCGGCCAUUACCAGCGUCUGCUAAACUCUGAGAACUACGUGACGCGGCGGCAGAGCCUCAAGCUGCUGGGGGAGCUGCUGCUGGACCGGCACAACUUCUCCAUCAUGACGAGAUACAUCACCAACCCGGAUAACCUGAAGCUCAUGAUGAACAUGCUGAAAGAGAAGUCCAGGAACAUACAGUUUGAGGCGUUCCAUGUUUUUAAGGUAUUCGUAGCGAACCCCAACAAGCCGAAGCCGAUCCUGGACAUCCUGCUGCGGAACCAGGACAAGCUGGUGGACUUCCUCACCAAGUUCCACACGGACCGCUGCGAGGACGAGCAGUUCAACGACGAGAAGGCUUACCUCAUAAAGCAAAUCAAAGAGCUCAAACCCUCUGAACACUAACGGCAGCUGCAUUUCAUUCUACCGCCACUCGAUACAGAACUUAGUUAUAGAUGCUAUUAUAUUUAAUUGCUUCUAAGUCACCCCCGGGUGUGCGCGCGAUCUAUAGUAACAUUGGUAUUCUGGUAAGGAAUUUACAUUUGGUCUGUGAUGUCAGGAAGAGUGUGUAUGCUACGAGCAAAUUAACAUUUUAUAAUAAACAUUUGUAGGAGUUAGUUAUUUUUUAAUGGUUUGACUUAUAUGUUUUGUAAGUUGUUUAAACCAUUUUUUAGUUUUUAUGACGUGUUUAGCGACGACCCUAGAAAUCGAAGUAUAAAUUUUGUCACAGUAGCCCACGAGUUUGCUUAAGUUUUAGCCUUUGGAAAUGACAAAUAAUGCAGGAACCUAAGAUCUAUAUAGUAGAGCGAGACUUGUAUAUAUGACACUCUAAUAUUUUUAUUAAAAUGUUUGUAAGUUUCUUUUGUACUCUAGAUCAAUAUCAGAAAUAUAAAUUGUUACACAAGAAGUAUAUUUAUAUAUUUUCAGUAUUGGUUUCAAUGUAUCACCUUUUAUCUACUUAGUUAAAGUGUCGUAAUUAUUUUAUUUAUUGCAUAAAUGCUUAAUUGUAAUCAGAGUUCAGGUUUAAUUAGUAGGUACCUAGUUAAUGAAAUUUCUGGUAAUGUUUAUGGUUAGUUUUAUUUUGUCUAAAUUUUCUGAGUAAUUUAAAUGUAUCACUUUGUUUUCCAGCGUCAUUAAUGCAAUUACAUCUAUUGAAAAUGAAUAAAUAUUAUUUAAAUCAGA